AUGCCCAGUAAGUUCAGCUGCCGGCAGCUCCGGGAGACGGGCCAAUGCUUCGAGAGUUUCCUGGUCGUUCGGGGACUGGACAUGGAGACAGAUCGCGAGCGGCUGCGGACCAUUUAUAACCGCGACUUCAAGAUCAGCUUUGGGACCCCCGCCCCCGGCUUCUCCUCCAUGCUGUAUGGAAUGAAGAUUGCAAAUCUGGCCUACGUCACCAAGACUCGGGUCAGGUUCUUCAGACUCGACCGCUGGGCCGACGUGCGGUUCCCAGAAAAGAGGAGAAUGAAGCUGGGGUCAGAUAUCAGCAAACACCACAAGUCACUGCUAGCCAAGAUCUUUUAUGACAGGGCUGAGUAUCUUCACGGGAAACAUGGGGUGGACGUGGAAGUUCAGGGGCCCCAUGAAGCCCGAGAUGGACAGCUCCUCAUCCGCCUGGAUUUGAACCGCAAGGAGGUGCUGACCCUGAGACUUCGGAAUGGAGGAACCCAGCCUGUCACCCUCACUCACCUCUUCCCACUCUGCCGGACACCCCAGUUUGCCUUCUACAAUGGAGACCAGGAGCUGCCCUGCCCACUGGGCCCCGGUGAAUGCUAUGAGCUCCAUGUCCACUGUAAGACCAGCUUUGUGGGCUACUUCCCAGCCACAGUGCUCUGGGAGCUUCUGGGACCUGGAGAGUCAGGUUCAGAAGGAGCUGGCACUUUCUACAUUGCCCGCUUCUUGGCUGCCGUCGCCCAUAGCCCCCUGGCUGCUCAGCUGAAGCCCACAACUCCCUUCAAGCGGACCCGGAUCACUGGAAACCCUGUGGUAACCAAUCGGAUAGAAGAAGGAGAGAGACCUGAUCGCGCUAAGGGCUAUGACCUGGAGCUCAGUAUGGCGCUGGGGACAUACUACCCACCCCCCCGCCUCAGGCAGCUGCUCCCCAUGCUUCUUCAGGGAUCAAGUAUCUUCACUGCCCCAAAGGAGGUCGCUGAAAUCAAGGCCCAGCUGGAGACAGCCCUUAAGUGGAGGAACUAUGAGGUGAAGUUCCGGCUGCUGCUGCACCUGGAAGAGCUACAGAUGGAGCAUGACAUCCGGCACUAUGACCUGGAGUCAGUGCCCAUGACCUGGGACCCCGUAGAUCAGAACCCCAGGCUGCUCACACUGGAGGUUCCCGGAGUGACUGAGAGCCGCCCCUCGGUGCUACGGGGUGACCACCUGUUUGCCCUUUUAUCCUCUGAGACACACCAGGAGGACCCCAUCACCUACAAGGGCUUUGUGCACAAGGUGGAAUUAGAUCGUGUCAAGCUGAGCUUUUCCAUGAGCCUCUUGAGCCGCUUUGUGGAUGGGCUGACCUUCAAAGUGAACUUUACCUUCAACCGCCAGCCCCUGCGAGUCCAGCACCGUGCCCUGGAGCUGACGGAGCGCUGGCUUCUGUGGCCCAUGCUCUUUCCCGUGGCCUCCCGUGGGGUCCCGCUGCUGCCCUCUGAUGUGCAGCUCAAGCUGUAUGACAGGAGUCUGGAGUCAAACCCAGAACAGCUGCAGGCCAUGAAGCACAUUGUUAUGGGCACCACCCGUCCAGCCCCCUACAUCAUCUUUGGGCCUCCAGGCACUGGCAAGACGGUCACAUUAGUGGAAGCCAUUAAGCAGGUGGUGAAGCACUUGCCCAAAGCCCACAUCCUGGCCUGCGCUCCAUCCAACUCAGGGGCUGAUCUUCUCUGUCAGAGGCUCCGGGUCCACCUGCCCAGCUCCAUCUACCGCCUCCUGGCCCCCAGCAGGGAUAUCCGCAUGGUGCCUGAGGACAUCAAGCCCUGCUGUAACUGGGAUGCAAAGAAGGGGGAGUACAUGUUUCCCGCCAAGAAGAAGCUGCAGGAAUAUCGUGUCUUAAUUACCACCCUCAUCACUGCCAGCAGGUUGGUCUCGGCCCAGUUUCCCAUCGAUCACUUCACACACAUCUUCAUUGAUGAGGCUGGCCACUGCAUGGAGCCUGAGAGUCUGGUGGCCAUAGCAGGCCUGAUGGAAGUCAAGGAAACAGGCAAUCCAGGAGGACAGCUAGUGCUGGCAGGAGAUCCUCGGCAGCUGGGGCCUGUGCUACGUUCCCCACUGACCCAGAAGCAUGGGCUGGGGUACUCACUGCUGGAGAGGCUGCUCACCUACAACACCCUGUACAAGAAGGGUCCUGAUGGCUAUGACCCCCAGUUCAUUACCAAGCUGCUACGAAACUACAGGUCUCAUCCCACCAUCCUGGACAUUCCUAACCGUCUAUAUUAUGAAGGGGAGCUGCACGCCUGUGCUGACGUUGUGGAUCGAGAGCGCUUCUGCCGCUGGGAGGGUCUGCCUCGACCGGGCUUUCCCAUCAUCUUUCACGGCGUAAUGGGCAAGGAUGAGCGUGAGGGCAAUAGCCCAUCCUUCUUCAACCCUGAAGAGGCCGCCACAGUGACUUCCUACCUGAAGCUGCUCCUGGCCCCCUCCUCCAAGAAGGGCAAAGCCCGCCUGAGCCCCCGAAGCGUGGGCGUCAUCUCCCCAUACCGGAAGCAGGUGGAAAAAAUCCGUUAUUGCAUCACCAAACUUGAUAGGGAGCUUCGGGGACUGGAUGACAUCAAGGACUUAAAGGUAGGCUCCGUGGAAGAAUUCCAAGGCCAAGAACGCAGUGUCAUCCUCAUCUCCACCGUGCGGAGCAGCCAGAGUUUUGUGCAGCUCGAUCUGGACUUUAACCUGGGUUUCCUUAAGAACCCCAAGAGGUUCAACGUGGCUGUGACCCGGGCCAAGGCUUUGCUCAUCAUAGUGGGCAACCCCCUUCUCCUGGGCCAUGAUCCUGACUGGAAAGUAUUCCUGGAGUUUUGUAAAGAAAAUGGGGGGUAUACUGGAUGCCCCUUCCCUGCCAAACUGGACAUGCAGCAGGGACAGAACUUACUCCAAGGUCUGAGCAAGCUCAGCCCCUCUACCUCAGAGCCCCACAAUCACGACUGCCUCCCCCAGGAGCAGGAGUGUGAAGAGGGCCUGUCUCUGCAAGUGGAGCCAGAGUGGAGGAAUGAGCUCUGAAGACACAGCGGCCAGCCUUCUCACACCCGCCAAGCCUUAACUGCCCACCCGCCCACCAACCCUGAACCAGAACCCAGCCUGCCUGCCCCUCCAAGGGAUAGGAAGGCUGGGGGAGGGAGUUUACAA